CGGCUUAAAUUUCAAGUCCAGGAAUUUAGUUCAGCUGCUCACGUUCAACUGGAGCUUGACAAAGGAAUAACGGGUCAUUGAGAAUACAGGCGGAGUCUGCUGAAAAACUCAUUUUAGUAUGUCUUCAUUGGGCUGGGUGUGGUUUUUCAGUCACCGAGCCGUUAGCAGGAAAUUAAGCUCUGGGCCACCACUUUGAGGCGAUACAAAGAAAAUAGGAAAAUACGAGCAAUUUGAAAAGUUUGAAAUCCAAGUUUAACUGAACUUGACGGACGAUUUUCAGAUUGUGCACUUUAUCUAAUGGACACAAGUUUUUGUUGACUCCAUUGUUGCUACCAUCCAAUUCCUGACAUCAGUGACUAAGGACAGAUAACUGCGAAAAUGCCGAAGACGAUUAGUGUGCGAGUUACCACGAUGGAUGCAGAGUUGGAGUUUGCCAUCCAGCCCAACACAACGGGAAAGCAACUCUUCGACCAGGUUGUGAAGACAAUCGGACUGCGGGAGGUGUGGUUCUUCGGACUGCAGUACCAGGAUACAAAAGGUUUCUCAACCUGGCUCAAGCUUAAUAAGAAGGUGACUGCCCAGGAUGUGAGGAAGGAAAGCCCACUGCUGUUCAAGUUCCGUGGAAAGUUCUUCCCUGAGGACGUGUCAGAGGAGCUGAUCCAGGAGGCCACCCAGAGGCUGUUCUUCUUGCAGGUGAAGGAGGGGAUCCUCAACGAUGACAUUUACUGCCCCCCGGAGACUGCUGUGCUGCUGGCCUCCUACGCCGUGCAGGCCAAGUAUGCUGACUACAACAAGGACAUCCACUCGACAGGAUACCUGUCCAGUGACAAACUGCUGCCUCAGAGAGUCCUGGACCAGCACAAGCUCAACAAGGAGCAGUGGGAGGAGAGGAUCCAGGUGUGGCAUGAGGAACACAAGGGCAUGCUCAGAGAGGACUCAAUGAUGGAGUACCUGAAGAUCGCUCAGGACCUGGAGAUGUACGGUGUCAACUACUUCAGCAUCAAGAACAAGAAAGGAUCAGAGCUGUGGUUAGGAGUAGACGCCCUGGGACUCAACAUUUACGAACAGAAUGAUAAGAUGACACCUAAAAUUGGAUUCCCAUGGAGUGAAAUCAGGAAUAUUUCCUUCAAUGACAAGAAGUUUGUCAUCAAACCCAUUGACAAGAAAGCACCAGACUUUGUAUUCUAUGCUCCACGACUGCGUAUCAACAAGCGCAUCCUGGCACUCUGCAUGGGCAAUCAUGAGCUCUAUAUGCGUCGCCGCAAACCAGACACCAUUGAGGUACAGCAGAUGAAGGCCCAGGCCAGAGAGGAGAAGAACCACAAGAAGAUGGAGAGGGCACUGCUGGAGAACGAAAAGAAGAAGAGAGAACUUGCUGAAAAAGAAAAGGAAAAGAUUGAAAAGGAGAAGGAGGAGCUUAUAGAGAAACUGAAACAGAUUGAGGAACAGACGAAAAAAGCUCAGCAAGAGUUGGAGGAACAGACGCGGAAGGCCCUGGAAUUGGAGCAUGAGAGGAAGCGUGCUCAGGAGGAGGCGGAGCGUCUGGAGAAGGAGCGCAGGAUGGCUGAGGAGGCCAAGACUGCCCUGCUCCAGCAGUCUGAGAACCAGAUGAAAAACCAGGAACACUUGGCCACGGAACUGGCUGAGCUAACCUCAAAGAUCUCCCUACUGGAGGACGCCAAGCAGAAGAAGGAGGAUGAGGCAACGCAGUGGCAACAGAAGGCCUGCAUGGUGCAGGAGGACCUGGAGAAGACCAAAGAGGAGCUGAAGAGCAAAAUCAUGGCGUCCCACAUACAGGAGCCUAUGCAGGCCGAGAACGAGCAUGACGAGAACGACGAGACCAGCGACCAGGCCAGUGCCGAGUUCACAGGCGGUAUCUCCUACAAAGACCGCAGCGAGGAGGAGCGCAUGACGGAAGCCGAGAAGAACGAGCGUGUACAGCAACACCUGCAGGCUUUGAGCUCGGAGUUGGCCAUCGCUCGGGAUGAGACCAAGAAAACCGCAAAUGACAUCAUCCACGCAGAUAACGUGAAAGCGGGACGGGACAAGUACAAGACCCUCCGGCAGAUUCGGUCGGGCAACACCAAGCAGCGUAUAGACGAGUUUGAGUGCAUGUGAUACAUCUGGUUUGCAACUGCUAUAGGCCCCACAGCGGUGCCACACUUGGUCCAUUCAUUCUAGACUGCAGACACUGCCUUACACAAGCUACAGUGCCUUCUACCCAAACAAGACCAGUAUAGAUAUCAAAGAGCAAAAAAAAGUACAGCACAAUGUAUUUGAAUAAUGGUGCACAAAUUACAUUACAAGUAAUGAAAUAAGUGCAUCAGUUAAUAAGGGAGAUAUUUAAUAGAACAGUUUAAAGUGAAUAAGAUUUGAUCAAUUUUAUUAUAGAUGGAGGAUGUUUUAUUGAUUAUCCUUUACAAUUAAUUUUUAAUUGAUUCAUUCCUCACACUGUUUUAAACUGAAAACGAACUGAACAACAACUCAAUGCAGGACAGCUGCAAUUUGAAUUACAUUAUGGUUGGUCACUAUUUGGGUGUCAUUGUUUCAGAGCAGGUUUGUUUGUUUUGAGGUGGACUGUUAAGCAUUUUCAGCAAAUUAAGAGAACAUCAAACUGUAUUUAAAUUAGCAUUUUUUUAUUCUAAUUUUAAGCAUUUAAAUAGAUGGUUGUCUUUCUAAGAGAAGGACAUCUUUGUUUGGAAACCCUCAGCAGUAUUGCUUUUAUGUAAGAUUUGAUGAAGUCCAUAUGAAAUAAGCGUUGGAACACCACAUUUUCCUUUUUCAGAGAGAGACAUACAGUACCUCUGAAUGACUCUUUAUAGACCAAGUGUAUCUGCUAUGACGUAUAGCCAUGCACACUCGUAGCUGCCAUGAUUAGGAGUUUCUUUUUGUAUAUCAAUCUUUUGCUAAAUCUUGUAUUAUAUGGCAUUUGAAGCAAUAUUAUUCGGAGACCUGCCUUGAAAGAUUUAUUUUGUCAUUUGGAUUUUUUAAUAAAACAAGUUAUGUGUAAAAAGAUGGAUGUCUUACAGAUUGUAAGUGUCCCUCUAGCCUUUUCUCAGUAAAUUAUAUGAAUGACUGGAAGCCACCAGCCAGAAUUAAAACAAGGAUGAAUAUUGUAAUUCUUACAGUACUGGGCAGUGCCUUGUCAUCUGCAGAAUGUUUCAGCAGACCUUUGCUGCUUGAGUCUUCAUUUCAACUGUCAUUAAAAGUGGAAACUACA